CCCCCUGGACUUUUGACUUGACUCUGUCUCAAGGAGCUGGAUCAGAUCCGACUUUGCCUCGUGCACUUUUUGUUCUGCAGUGAUGGAAAGUUGCAUCUGGAGGUUAAGGUCUGGAGCUAGAUGAACCUUUAAACCACCCUAAUAAACAUAAAAAAAUAUAUAUCGAAAAAACGGCAUACUCUAUAUAUGUGUGCGUGUUUUCGUGUGUGAGCGCGCGCGCGCGAGCGUGCCGACGUAGCUCCGCUUCCGCAAUCAAAAGCAGCGUCGUUUCUGCUCUCGGCUCGCAGACAGAAGAGAUGUUUCCGUGAAUAUAAUGAGCUGCUGAGAGACGGACGGUGAGCGCGAGGCUGGAGGAGGAGGAGGAGGGGGAGUGAGGACGCGCGCGCGGAUUACUGCAGAGAAUGUUGGCCGAGGGGGAUAACCGUUACCGGCCCGUUAAUGUCCACUGUAUCCACGGAGAGAGAUGGAGAAAGAAGGGGGAGAAAGAGCACGCGCUUCACGUAGCCUCGUGAUGGGGAAUAUCUGAGGAUUUCUGUGUGUCAUUGCGGAUUGGACUGUGCCGUAGUGUCCGGGUGCAUCCGCUUUGUGUGUGUGUGUGUGUGUGCGCGCGCGUGUGUGUCAUGGGCUGAAACGAGCCAAGCAAGAAGGAUCGAAGAAAGCAAAUUAGCACCUGUUAACAAAAUAGUACCAGCAACUAUCACAUUAUGUGAGUCCCCACACACCACGUUAUGCCUAAUGGAUUAAUAUCCAUGCUCACCGUGUUGUGGAUCUUUCUGUGGAGUGUUUUCCCCCAGACAUUGGCACAUGGAUUUCAAGACCUCAAAAGAAGAGACAAAGACGGGGAUUUAUCUACUGCAAGAUGGUAAUGAAGAGCCCUUCAACAUCCGACUGCACUUGUCCAAAGAUAUUCUAACUAUUCAAGAGCAAGACGUUAUUUGUGUUUCUGGGGAACCGUUCUACUCGAGUGAAAGGACUGUAACAAUACGACGCCAGGCGAUUGGAGGAUUCGGUUUAAGUAUAAAGGGUGGUGCAGAGCACAAGAUCCCUAUUGUGAUUUCGAAAAUAUCAAAAGAGCAAAAGGCCGAGCUCUCUGGUCUUCUGUUUAUAGGAGACGGGAUACUCCAGAUAAACGGGAUAAAUGUCAGAAGUUAUCGACAUGAAGAAGUUGUUCAAGUUCUACGGAAUGCUGGAGAAGAAGUAACUCUGACCGUGUCUUUCCUGAAAAGGACGCCCGCCUUUUUAAAGCUGCCGCUCUGUGAAGACUGCACAUGUGUACCGAGUGACCAGAGCAGUGGGACAUCAUCUCCCCUGUGCGACAGUGGCCUACAUCUGAACUAUCACCCGAACAAUACGGACACUUUGUCUUGCUCAUCUUGGCCUAUGUCUCCAGCACUACGCUGGGAGAAACGAUGGGUGGAUCUCCGUCUCAUCCCGCUCCUUCAUGCCCGUCUCUCACAGUACCUCCCUGGCUCCGAUAUCUGCAGACAAAAUGCAUUUCAGGUCAUUGCAGUAGAUGGGGUUUGCAGUGGGAUAAUUCAGUGUCCUAGUGCAGAAGAGUGCACUGACUGGCUUCAAGCAAUAGCAUCCAAUAUAUCUGCUCUCACAAAGCACAAUGUGAAGAAGAUUAACAGAAACUUUCCUGUAAAUCAGCAGAUUAUCUACAUGGGAUGGGUGGAUGAGAAGGAGCAGGACUCUGUUCAGGACCGCAUGUACACUCCAAAGUUCCUGGCGUUAAGGGGUUCAUCUCUUUUUAAAUUCUCAGCACCUCCAGUAACGACCUGGGACUGGACCAGAGCCGAACAAAGCUUUACAGUCUAUGAGAUCAUGUGCAAGAUCCUUAAGGACAGCGAGCUGCUGGACAAGCGGCGGCAGUGUUUCAGCGUGCAGAUGGACACGGGCGAGGACGCAGUGUUCAGUGUGGAGCUGGAGAGUGACCUCGUGCUCUGGGAGAAGGCCUUCCAGAUGGCCACCUACCUCGAGGUGGAAAGAAUACAGAGUAAAACGUACGCCUGCAUCUCAGACAGCCACCUCAUGGGGCUCACCAUAGACUUCAGCAUGGGCUUCGUCUGCUUUGAUGCAGCAUCAAAGGUCGUGCUGUGGCGCUACAAGUUCUCCCAGCUGAAAGGAUCCUCCGAUGACGGCAAGAGCAAAAUCAAGUUUCUCUUCCAGAACACAGACACGAAGCUCAUCGAGGCCAAGGAGCUGGAAUUCUCCAACCUUUUUGCCGUCCUGCACUGCAUCCACGCGUUUUUCGCUGCCAAAGUGGCGUGUCUGGAUCCGAUGUUCGUGGGCAGUCCGAAUUCCACGGCAGCUACAGCGCUGCCCACGCUGACCUCGGUCACCUCCCUGGGCCAGGCUGCCAGGUUGAAGUACUUGAGUUGAACUGUUCUUGACAUUUUCAGCUGCGGAUUUAAAGAAAACAAAAAAAAAUGCGAGCGACGGCUCGUCUUGGACUACAUUAAACAGCCUGCUUAUAUUGGGCCAAAGACUGAAAUCACUGAGGUGUGAUAUUAUAUUUUGAAUAACGGAGUGACGGUGUGUAUGUACGUGUACGUUUCGGUUGGCGUUUCCUAACAGCGUGUGCUUUUAAAGCUUUCUUUUAUCCCCUUGAGUUUCGGAUUCUAGGUGUCAUCAGAAUUACUCAGUGACUACACAAAUACUGAUGAACAGAGCCGUGCAUAAGUAUUCAACCACCUUGAGCCUUUCCACAUUUUGUAGCAGCAUCUUGCUCAAAUAAACAAAGAAAGCAAAGAGUUGCUGGUUUGAUACGUCGUGGAAAGGAUACAUCUUUAUCAGCUUUGUGCGGCUUGAUAUUCCCAUUCUUCCUGGCAAAAAAUAAAUAAAUAAAUAAAAAUAGCCUCCCCACAACAUGAUGCUACCACCACCAUACAUCAGUGUGGGGGAUGGUGUUCUCAGGGUGAUGAGCAGUGUUUAGUUUCUGACAAUUUAUACUGAAAUCACGCGGCACUUUAUUAGCACAAAGGCUGACUCGAAUAGUUAGGAGGCGUCAACAUGUUUUUAAGGUCCAGAUAAUUUUGUCCAGAAACUCGAUUCAUUUUCCCUCCAGGUCAAUAUUAUUAAAAUGUUGUUUCAGAGCUUCAAGAGGCUUCAAGAGAGGUGAAUACUUGCGCAAGGCACUGAGUUUUGCUUUGUGUAUUUACAGCGCCUGGUUUCUACACAAUCCUUUAAAGCAGAAAGGACUCCUUGAAUAAAAAUCGUCUGAAAAUACAGAGUACUGUAACGAAAAAAAAAAUCGAAUUUUAUAGUAAUGCUCUGUAGAUAUCGGUUCUUAUCCCUUAUGAUUUCUCAUUUAGAGCAUGAUGCGAUCAUAAGACGUAAACUUCAGAACAAGCAGUGUAUGUAGCGUAGCCCAAAGCGUUUAACACAAACGAUUUUCUGUGUCUUUGCGUUCAGUUUUAGUACUCUGUUAAGACCGAACUACAGUACCAGUAAACAUAGCGUAGCGUGAGUUCUUUUUCCUUUGUAUCUCACUUCUAUUGGUUUGCUGUUUCGUUCUCCAGUGAUGGAGAUGCUCAGAAAAAAAGAAACAUCGAAUACAAUACCUUAUCAUUGCAGUGCACUUUAGUCCAGCAAUUUACCCAACCUUUUUUUUCCCCUUUUAUUCUUCUGGAGUGUGGGUUAGAUGAAAAUCUUGGUGGAAUAUGAAAGAAUGGGUUCUUUUCUUUUUUGAAGUGCUGAGACCGAUUACUUGUUGUUGAAAGACUGAAAAAAAGAAAGAAGAAAGGAAGCAAAUGCAUUUGAGACACGAUACGGACGCUUGAAAAGAUUUUCACCGAAAGAGCGCCAGUCUUCUGACAGCGAGGUUUAAACUGAACCUUUUAUUUUUGCCAACUGCUGAGUGUUUUAAUAAAGAUGUAUACUUAAUAAAGUUUAG